CCCCAACUCGCACCCCAAAUUUGUACCCUUGCCCUCUACCAAAUUACCAAAUGUGCCCCUAGAUAUAUACUCGUAAUAGGUAAGUAUACAGAUCUGCUAGGGUUACUAUAAACCAGUACACACGCCGCUCCCUAUUCACGAUCCUCCAGUCCUCCCAAACCCUCAUCGCCGCCCUCAACCACACUCUACUGCCAAUAUCAGACAAUUAAGAGCUGACGAUCUUCAACGGCCAAGAGCCGGCAUAUUUACGAUCGUUCGCCGUUGAAUAUAUGUAUAUAUAGAUAUAUCUGGAAGUUUGAAAAUCGAAUGGAAGAAGGAGGAGAGACGAAAGAAGGGAGGCCUACGCCGAUCUUCAGAGAUAUAAGGCGGUACAACUGCGACUAUUGUGGUAUCUCUCGCUCUAAGAAGUCCCUUAUUACCUCUCACAUACUUUCCGUUCACCAGGAUGAAAUGAAAGCGCGAGUAGCAGAUGAAGAAGGUGAAAGCGAGGGAGCAAAGUCAAAUACGUGUGAAGAUUGUGGUGCCAGUUUUCAGAAACCUGCUCAUUUGAAGCAGCAUAUGCAAAGCCACUCACUUGAGAGGCCAUUUAUUUGCCAAGUGGAGGAUUGCCAUUCCAGUUACCGAAGAAAAGAUCACUUGACCCGUCAUCUUCUUCAGCACCAGGGGAAACUGUUUCAGUGUCCUGCUAAGAGCUGCAACCGUAGAUUCACUUUCCAAGGCAACAUGAAGAGGCAUGUGAAGGAAUUUCACGAUGAGGAGUCUCCCUCCAGCAAUGUUGAAGGUCAGAAAGAGUACAUCUGCCAAGAAAUUGGGUGUGGCAAGGUGUUCAAAUAUGCAUCAAAGUUGCGAACACAUGAAAAUUCACAUGUUAAGUUGGAUACAGUGGAGGUAUUCUGUUCAGAACCAGGCUGUAUGAAACAUUUUAGUAACGAAGAAUGCCUCAAGGCCCAUCUCCAGUCUUGCCACGUCCAUAUAACCUGCGAGGUAUGCGGGACCAAGCAGCUGAAGAAGAACAUCAAGCGGCACCUUCGCAUGCAUGAAUCAGGGGGGUCAUCUGAGAGAAUGAAAUGCAACUUCAAGGGCUGCCAACACACAUUUUCAACUAAAUCAAAUCUCCGUCAACACGUCAAAGCUGUACACUUUGAACUCAAACCUUUUGCCUGCAGCAUUCCUGGGUGUGGCAUGAGAUUUCCAUUCAAGCACGUGAGAGAUAACCAUGAGAAAUCUGCGUUACAUGUCUAUACUCGUGGGGACUUUGACGAGUCUGAUGAACAAUUCCGACUGAGGCCAAGGGGUGGACGGAAGAGGAAGUGCCCGACUAUAGAGAGUCUUACAAGGAAGAGGGUUAUUCCACCAAGUAAUUCUGAUUCUAUUCUGAAUCAGGGGUCCGAGUACCUCUCUUGGCUGCUAUCCGAUGUUGAGGACGACUAUCCUUGAGUUAUGAUGGAUUUGGCAUGUAAAUUUGAUAUUUUUUAGUCUGAUAUAUGACUUUUCCAAGGGAUCUCCUUCCUAAUUAUAUUGUUAGUAGGUAGAUGUAUUGUAAAAAAUGAUCAUGAGAAAUGCAUGAUAUUGUAUGUAUAAAAUAUAUAUUGUGGUUGUGUUCAUUAGA